AUGGCUGCGGACGAACCGAUCGAGACCAAACUGCCGGCCGGCACUGAAAGAGCGCUAGACUCACCAGCUCCGCCGAUACCACACGAGGCUCCCAACGCCGAUGCUCAGGCGGGUGUGCAGAGCAUCGAGGCCACGGCCAUGGCUUGGGACAAGACGAAUCUCAUCAUCGCAUACGUGAUGCUCUGGUACAUCUAUUUCGUCGCGACGACCCUCAGCGGCGUCAACGGCUCGCUGUUACCGUUUGUGACAUCGGCGUUCGCGCUCCACUCCCUGACGCCCACGGUCACCAUCCUAAGCAGUGUUAUCGGAGGCGUCACCAACCUGACCAUCGCCAAAAUCCUCGAUGUCUUCGGCCGUCCCCAGGGAUACCUAUUAUGUAUUGCCCUCGACAUCGUCGGCCUAAUCAUGAUGGCUGCCUGCAAUACAGUCGAGACCUAUGCCGCCGCAAUGGUCUUUUAUACGGUCGGCAACAACGGCCUUCAGUACUUCAUAUCCGUCUUCGUUGCAGACACCUCUAAACUGAAGAAUCGAGGUCUCAUGCAGGCCCUCGUCAACUCUGGGGUUUUCAUCACCACUUGGUUGGCCGGCCCGAUCUCUCAGGGGUUUCUCGACGGGCCUGGCUGGCGUUGGUGCUAUGGAAUGUUCACCAUCCUUGUCCCCGUCAUAACACUCCCGCUGUUUUUCUUAUUGCUGAGGAAUUAUUGCAAAGCCCAAAAAAUGGGAAUUAUUCCAAAACACGAGAGUGGCCGGACUACGAUGCAGUCUAUUAUCUACUACGGCAUUCAGUUCGACGCUAUCGGCCUCCUGCUCUGUUCUGCCGGCGUGGCUCUGUUUCUUCUACCCUUCAAUCUCUACACCAUUCAAUCCAAAGGCUGGGGAUCGGCCCUGGUCAUCAGUAUGCUGGUCGCCGGCGUGGUCCUCCUCCUCGCUUUUGUGUUGUGGGAGAGGUUCUUUGCGACCUUCACGUUUAUCCCAUACUCGCUUCUUCUGGAUCGGACCGUUUUCGGCGCGUGCCUACUCACUGCCGCUCUCUUCUGCACCUAUUCUUUGUGGGCCAGCUAUCUCGGCUCAUUCCUGAUGGUGGUGAAAGAUCAAGACGUCACACACGCUAGCUAUGUCAAUCAAACAAUCACUAUUGUUGGCAUUGUCAUUGCUGUGCUCGCCGGCUACUUUAUCCACCGAACUGGCCACUUCAAAUCUAUAUCACUUUUCGUCGCCCUUCCAUUCCUGAUCCUUGGCCAGGGUUUAUUGAUCCACUUCCGCCAGCCGGACGGCCAGGUUGGCUAUAUCGUCAUGUGCCUGGUCUUCAUUGCCGUCGGCCAGGGUAUCGUGGAGAUCACCGAUGAGAUUGCCAUGUUGGCAGCUGCUUCGCAUGAGUAUGUCGCCGUUUGUCUUGCUGUCCUGGGUAUAUUUAGCAGUAUCGGAGGCGCUAUCGGGUCUACCGUUGCAGCAGCGAUCUGGCAGAAUAUGCUUCCGAACAGACUGGCGGCGUACCUCCCUGCCGACCAACUCCAGAAUCUCACCGACAUCUACGGCUCCAUCGACACGCAGUUGGGCUAUCCCGUGGGCUCUCCUACCCGUCUCGCCAUCCAGCACGCGUACAGCGAUACACAGGAAGUUUUGGUGGCUACUAGUGUGGGUCUGUGGGUGAUCGGGCUUCUUGGCAUCCUCAUGUGGAGAAAUAUCGAUACAAGGAACGUUAAGCAAGUCAAGGGCCAUGUAUGGUAA